AUGGCGGCCGCGAUGGCGACGACGUCCGCGACCGCGCUCGUCGCGUCGCGACGCGCCGCGACGGACGCGAGCGCGCUGUCCUCGCGCGACGCGCUCCGCGCCGCGCCGCUCGCGCCCUCGCGCCGUCGUCCGGGGGGCGCGGCCGCGAUCUUCUUCCGCUCGGGGGGGCGCGCGUCGUCGUCGAACGCGUCCUCCGCGACGACCGCGUCCGCGUCGAACGCCGCCGGCGGCGAUCCGUGGUGGAAACCCCCGGCCACGCCGCGCGCGGCGGGCGCGACCGAGCCUCGCGCGGGCGCGGGCGGUCUGUCCAGGAGCGCCCCGCGCGCGACCGGCGGCGGCGUCGUUUCGGGCGCCUCGGAGAGAAGCGGCGCCGCGGAGCGAAGAAGAGCGCCCCCGCUCGCGGCGCCGGGGGCUCCGUCUCGCGUCGCCGACUACACCCGCUCCGGCGGCUCCCUCCAGAUCACGCGCGAGCUCCUCCAGCGCGCGCGCAGGGCGAGGGCGGACCGAUCGCGACGGACGCGCCAGGAAGAGAGCGUCUUCUCCCGGAGCGGUGGCUUCGUCUACGCGAGAGACUUUUUCUCCCCGGACGACUUCCGCGUCGUGAGAGAGGCGUGCGAGACGCUGCGCGCGUCCUUGGCGACGGAGCGCCGCGCGUGCGCGAAGCAACGGCUGGGCGUGAUGAUCCCGCGCGAGCACGUCGUCCACCGCGCGUUCAUGAACCAGACCGUCGCGGACCGGAUAUCGCGGCUGGUCGGGAAAGACCUCCAACCCGCGGACGUCCCCGUGGAGUUUCGCGUGUACCCGCCGGGGAGCGCGAUGGACUGGCACCAGGACGUCGCGCUGUACACGGAGCCGCAGUACGAGCUCGUGUUCACGCUGGACAACACGUCGGACUCGCAGACGCAGUGGCAGGACGGCGAGGGAGCGAGGAGGGGCGGGUGGACGGAGCCGAACAGCGUCAUCGUCGUCCGCGCGGAGAGCGUGAUUCACCGCGUGACGCCCAUCACGAAGGGGGAGCGAUCGAUCGUGAAGUUCGCGUUCACGUCCACGCUGGAGAAGACGAGGGAGUAUUACGAGAACCUGCAGACGUACGACUGACGCGAGCGACGACGAGUUGGGGGGGGGAUGCGUGUUAGCUAGGUCGCCGCGAUAGAGAGGCCGAUCGUCGAUCG